CGUCAAACGUCUAAGGUAGUGGCAUUCUAACGACCGUAAUAAAUAUGAAACGUGCUCUUUAGAAAACGGGCUCAUAACCCACAAUCGUUACAGCAGGGGACUUUACCCAACAGUGACGUCUUUCUGAACUUUUCGCGGCAGUGCUUUAAAUAUCACUUCCUUGAUGACUAUUCACUUUGUUUCCUCGCUUUCUCUAACUGUAAAACACGGUGAUGUCAUGAUGUGGAACCGUUUCCUCUCCUUCUCUCCUCAAGAGUCGCGCGCUCACUCACUUUGCUGCCUUUGCCGGUUUUUUUUUUUUUUACCAUAUUUGAGUCGUAGUUUUUUAGUUUUUCUCAUUUGUUUUUAAACUGGAGAUGAGACACGAGUAGAGUAGGAGGAGGAUAAGGAGGCGGCUGACUUUGACUACGUCAAGUUUUCGUCAGAAAGGAGGAGGAGCUUAUUGUGCCCUGACAAGAGCCACUGCUGCCUCUUCUGAGUUUGUCAGCUCAGCUCCCGAAAAUAGAAGCCGUGUGUCAAUGUGACUGAAAAUACACAGUGUAUCCACGGGAAUCACUGAUACACAGUAUCUAUAUACAGCGAGGGGGACCGCGAAGAAAAAAGGACAUUUUACCCAAGGAGGAGAAAGCACCAAGAAGCUCCAAGUAGAGAGAAGCAUUGAAAGCAACGGAAGAAAGAACAAAAAUAAGACUUGAGCCAGAUAUUGUGGGUCCAGGACUGAGGAUUGUACUGCUUUGUUUGUUAGAUCGUGGUGUGGACACCUCAGGAGAAAGACACAAAGAAAGACAGCGAGAUUGAGAAGGAAGAGUGGAGUACAAUGUGCUAGGGGAGUGAAAGGAGACAAACUUCUGUGUUUUUCUGAUAUUCUCUGGGUGUCAGAGAGACCAAGUAGGACUCAAAGAUGGGACGGAAGAAGAUACAGAUCACACGAAUCAUGGAUGAGAGGAACCGGCAGGUUACCUUCACAAAGCGGAAGUUUGGCUUGAUGAAGAAAGCAUACGAGCUAAGCGUAUUGUGCGACUGUGAGAUUGCCCUGAUCAUAUUCAACAGCUCGAACAAACUUUUUCAGUACGCAAGCACUGACAUGGACAAAGUCCUGCUUAAAUACACAGAGUACAAUGAGCCCCACGAGAGCAGAACCAACUCUGACAUCAUAGAGAAAUUAAGAAACAAAGGCCAUAAUGACUGUGCCAGUCCUGAUCCAGAUGACUGUUUCGGUCACAGUCCCCUCAUGGACGACCGCUUCGGCAAACUAAAUGAAGAAAGUGAUUUAAUGUACAAGCGCUGUGCUGCGCUUAACAAGAAAGAGCACAGAGGCUGUGAUAGCCCGGACCCUGACGCCUCAUAUGUCCUCACCCCUCACACAGAAGAAAAAUAUAAAAAAAUUAAUGAAGAGUUUGAUAAUAUGAUGCGAAAUCAUAAAAUCCCUACAGGCUUGCCUCCGCAGAACUUCUCCAUGCAUGUGGCUGUGCCAGUGACAAACCCCAAUGCCAUGUCCUACAACCCCGGGGCCUCUUUGAGCAGCCAGAGCCUGUCGGCUGCAACUGCCUCUCUGAGUGAUGGUGCCAUGCUGUCUCCUCCUCAGGGUUCCCUGCACAGAAACGUAGUGUCUGGCGGGCCCCAACAGAGGCCUCCCAGUACAGGCAGUGCAGCAGGAAAUGGCUUCAUUAACCCGAGGGGCUCACCGGGGCUUCUGGGUACACCCAGCGGGAACGGACUGGGUAAAGUUAUGCCUGCCAAGUCACCACCACCACCGGGGGGCAACAUGGGCAUUGGCAGCCGCAAGCCAGACUUGAGAGUUGUCAUUCCCCCAUCCAACAAGGGCAUGAUGCCACCUCUGAACCCCCAGAGGAUAAGCAGCUCUCAGUCCACCCAGCCUCUGGCCACACCGGUGGUCUCUGUCACCACCCCCAGUCUGCCAUCACAAGGCCUGGUCUACUCAGGCAUGCCCACUGCCUACAAUUCUGAAUACUCCCUGAGCAGUGCUGAGCUCGCUUCUCUGCAAGGCUUUUGCUCCCCAGGCCUCUCUAUAGGCUCAGUGUCGGCAUGGCAACAGCAUCAAUUAGGCCAGGCAGCUCUCAGCUCACUGGUAGGUGGCGGUCACUUACCUCAGGGCUCGAAUCUCUCCAUCAACACCAGCCAGAAUAUCAACAUUAAAUCCGAGCCCAUCUCUCCUCCACGCGAACGCGUCACCCCAUCUGGCUUCCCGCCCCAGCAGCAGCAGCAGCAGCCUCCCUCUGGUCGCCCAGACAUGGGCCGCUCGCCUGUCGACAGCCUCAGCUCAUCUUGCUCCUCCUACGACGGUAGCGACCGAGAGGAUCACAGGCCUGAUUUUCACUCCCCACUCGGCCUGGGUCGACUCCCUGCCACCGGGGCCGAAGAAAGGGAAAGCCCCACGGUCAAGCGCAUGCGCAUGGACACCUGGGUGACAUAAAGCUGUCUGGAGCCCGACCCCCAGUCAGUCACUCGCAGGGGUGGGCAGGGGAAACAGAGAGAGAGAGACAGCAGGGAGGGUCAUUAUUGUUAUUAUUCUAUUGUUAUUAUUUAACGUCAUUUCACUUUUUUUGUAAGUAGGUGGACGGUGACAGAAAUGCAAGAUGUCCUGACAUAUCGAAAUUAAGCACCUAAGUGGAAAGAGAGAGAGAGAGAGAGAGAGAGAGAGAGAGGGAGAAAAACAAUCUCAAGUCAAGCAGUCAGACUGAAUGGUAUACUCAAAACAGGUGUUAUCAGGUACUUGAUGCAAAUUGCAUUGUGCAAGAGUCCAAUGUUUUAAAGACGACAAGAGUUUUGUAGAUUAUUGUAGUCUCUGGUGCAGUUUGACACUUGUAGCUGUUUCUGCUGUUCAAUUUGCAAGUUUCAAACAAUCAAAGAAAGUGUAGGGGCAGCUUCUGCUAGAAGGGUCCUGCCUGCUGGGCUCAUGUAUUAAAACAAUCUGUAUCUGCACUCGCUCUUAUGAAGUAUGUCACUUAUUAAUUUAUUUAUGCUAACUGACAAUAGAUCAUAGGUUUGGAUCAGUUUUUAUGAGGGAAGGCUUGUAUCUAAAAUGAGAUCACAUUCCACCUCAGUUUAGACAUUAAGUGAAAAAUGAAAAUGUCUCUAAAUUGAAUGUGUUCUUUUAAUCAAAGAAUUAGAAAUUAUUGGUGACAAAUCUGAGAUUUAAAUUAAUGGAAAUUGAAAAGGUAGCCCAGUCCAUUUAAAAACAAUAGCAAGUCAUUGUAUAUUCAUGCAGCGCCAACAACUCAGUGGUAACGCAAGCCAAAACCUCUGUCAUUUUGUUGUACUGUAGGUUGGGAGUUUUCAGCAUUUCUCUCUCGAUAUUCGUUUAAUAUUAGUUCUGUCAUAGUGUGCGUUGUUACAAACAUUGGAAAACUAUAAACAUGCAAAGCAGAUCUUGAAACAAUAUCUAAAGCCAUGAACAACUGUUGUUCUGUUUAUAAAUGAAAGAUUUGAGCCAAACCUUUUCUUUUGUUAUGUAUAUAGCAACUUUAAUAUAUAUCACUUUUGGUGUAAGUACGUAUGUAUUGUACCUUCACCAGAUUCAAGAAAAAAGUAUAUUUUUGUGGAUUACUGCCAAGUUUACAAGGCGAGAUCCUUAUUAAGUAGAGUAUUCACUGGUUAAUAUUUACUAUUUUGUUAACUAUACUGUACUUUCUUCAAAAUCUGACUAUUAUUGGUAAUAAAUAAAGUGUUUUUUUGUUUGUUUAUUUUUUUCUCUCAAGAAGGUCGUUUUUGGGUCGUUUACCCUUUAAUGGUGGUGAAUGUCUGUCCAUAAGAAAUUGUAACAACAGAGCUGAAUGAUUCAAGCUCAGAUGUCUUUUCUUUCUUGUUUUGUAAAUUGAUAAUUGUCAUGCUAAGAAAAAAAAAUGGUUGCUUUUCUUACAACUGUUUUGUGAGGGAUUAGCCUGCAGCUGCUGAAUACACUGCCUACUUUAAAUCCCAGUUUAGAUGCACUAUUCAUUCAUUUCAAUCUCUUUAGAGACCUUGUAUAGAAAGUUAAUUUCGUUGAAUCCCUAUUACUAAAUUAAUUUGAAUUGAAUCCCUCUUCAAAUGCACACAUGCUCAUGUUAAUAAAGAUAUUGUAAAUAUCAUAACUGUAGGUAACCCUAAUAUAUACAUACAAGCAUACUAUGUACAGAACACCUUCCCUUCCCACUUAUUUUGUGAACUGGCUCAUCUACAGAUUUCCUAAUAUUAGGAGGCAUCAGUCGCUCUGUAUUGCUGGACAUGGGAGGGCGCCGUAGCUCUCUCUGCUGUUGCGUUUCGCUCUGUGUGUGCAUAUCCCUUCAUUGUGGGGCUCUUCAUGUAUGGCUGUUUGUUUGUGCAGCACAAACGUCUGGUAGCUGCAGUGGCCUCCGGCUUGCAUCACACCUCACUGCCCCUCAGGCGGCAAAACGUCAGGGGAUUCAGCAGCUAAAUAUGAAAAUGCUAGACAAUGCAAACAGACUUGGACAUGAUCUCUCUACUGGAUUACACAAAAGUUUGUAUGUUCAAGUUUGCAAUUGGAAAAAGGAUGCUUUCCUCUUUAGAUUUGUUAUGUAUUUGGUUGAUGUGUACACCAGUCACUUUUAGAUACCUCCUGGCCCUCUUGAGCAAAAUAGCAGCUGACAAUGAGCUGAUAUUAAUCUAUGCAGUCCCCAACCCACGCAUAGCCAAGAACACAAAGCAUUCACAUUUCAAGGAUCACUGAUAAAUUGAGUGAAUAUAUAUAUAUAUAUAUGUCACAUGCCCAUUUAUCAUACAAAUGUUGCCUAGUUCAUGAAUAAAGUGCUCUUUGUUGAGCAGGUGAGAAAAUGACUGUUAACCCUUUGUCCUUAAGUGCUUGCACAUUAAGGUUACGUAUAAUGGCACACUUACUAAAUAUGGAAACCACAAGAGCCAUGCAGACACUGCUUUAGGUGUAGCUUUAGAUUUAAUCUCAGAUGUGCAAGCUUUGUUGUCUCAGCUAAAUUUUAAAACUUAGAAACACAUAGAAAGUUGUAUGAUAUCUGUUGAAAAGUGUUCAUCAUUUGAAGUUGAUCGCAAUCAAAGCUUUUCAGGGUAGACAAGCAAUAAUGCCAGCCCAGUGCUAUAAUUGCACUGUGGAUUUAAGACAUGCAGGAUGUUAAUACUGCAAUGCACACACACCACACACAACAUUAGUGCUUGAUUAGGAAUCAGGGAAUUUUUUUGAGUUUCUCUGCUACAUGCACAAUUAGAGCCUUAUUCCAAAGAGUUGCUGGUUUUCCAAAUCAAAUAUGAUAUCCCUCAUCAUAUUUUUCACUGAAAUAAAAUCACCCUCACAUCAGGAGUUGGGUGCUUUGUCCAUCGACCCUUACAAUGCACAGAAGAAAUGCAUAACAAAUCUAAAGAGGGGGAGCUGUUCCUUUGGUGCAAAAUGCUGCGUCUGAAAUCACAAACUGUUGAAUGUGAAAGGAAGGGAUAAAGAGAAAACAACAAUUAUUUUUUGCAUACUUCACUUUGCUGUGCAAGAAUACACUGCUUUGCUUUAUGGCUUUUCUAAAACAGAAUUAUGUAUUUGGUAAUUGUUUGUAGUUACUAGUUCAUUUCAAGAAGCUGUUUGCGGUUUGGAUACUAGAACCGCUUGGCGGCACAAGCUGGACUUUGUUGCCAUAAUUGAAACAAGAUGUUUAAAAAAAAAAAGAAAAAAAGAAAAACAUGAGAGUGAAAUUUAAGUUAAUCAGCAUUAUAUUUCCCUUGAAUGUGUUGUUUUAUCUUCAUUAUACAAUAAAUAUUCUAGUGAACUUUUUAUUGAAUUACUAAGAUAUUAUGCUAGAGAUUGUUGUACAAAUUUGUAUUCUGCAUUCACUAAAGUAAAGAUAUUGGCUUUUAUUGUGUAACAGGUUCUCUUGCUUAUUCUGUGCAAAAUGAAGUGAACAAUUCUCUGAAUUUGAGUAGACUUUGUCCACAUGUGAAGUCCCAAACAUUAGAAUCUGUCCGCUUUAUUAAAAACCUCAAUGUACCCUCAAA